AUGAGCUUGUACGAGCACAUAAAAGGAGCUGCGCUUUUUGCAAUGACUUUGUUUGGAUCGUUUGGCAACAUAGCUACAAUUCUGUCAUUUAUUCAGAUUGCAUAUCAGGAAAGAAAGCUUCUACCUGUUGAAAUAAUUCUGUCAUGCCUUUCAGGAGUAAAUCUUUUGAUAUUACUCUCACGAGGAAUACCAUAUCCUCUGUUCAUCUUUGGUGUGAUUGUAUCAUUUAAUGACCCAGCCUGCAAAGCUGUUUCCUACAUACACAUAUGGUUUCGAUCACUGGGUGUCAAUUUAACUUGUCUUCUUAGUUGUUUUCAAUGUAUAACUAUUAGCUCUGGUUCUGAAAAGUGGGUCAAACUAAAAGGAACUGUACAGAACCAUCUUUUAAGUCUUAUAAGUUUUCUGUGCUUAGUUAGCAUGGCAUCGAGUGUGGACAUCAUUUUGUUCGGAUCUUCUGGUACUAAUGUUACUGGAUUACAAAAUACAAUUUUUAAUGGAUACUGCCUUAACACUUUACCUAGCAAGAUUGUAUUUGACACAAUUAACUAUGUUAUUUUUGCUCGUGACGUUGCAUUUCUGCUUCUUAUGACAUUAUCCAGCUGUGUUAUUUUAAUAAUCUUGUAUAAACAUCAGAAGAGGGUAAUUGGCAUAAGAAGUUCAGAGAAAAGCACAAAAACUACUGCAGAAGGGCAGGCAUCUAAGACUGUUGCUAUUAUAGUUGUUAUGUAUGUGCUUUUCUUUGGCAUGGGUACCACCAUUUGGUUUUAUGAAGCAGUAGCUGAUACAAAGGUUAAUUUCCUUGCAGUGAUACCUGAUUUUCUUUCUGUAUGCUACUCUUCCUUCUUCCCUGUGGUUAUUAUUGUGUUUAAUAAAAGAAUUCAAAAUGUACUCAAGGACUAUUUUGGCAAGCAUGGAACAAAACAUUUUGGUGAUCUUGGAGACUGA